AUGGUCCCCCUCAUGGACGAUGUUGAGCGAAGCUACAACCUCAUCUGGCAUCGUACUGGUUUCGUCGGAUCGGAUACUAACUUGGCGUUUCUUUUGUUCCUACACGAGCCUUGUUUCGACGCGUCUCCGCCGGACUAUCUUUCUUUUUCUACAAACCAGGCCGUUCAUAUUGCCAAGUGGACAGAGGACGUAUCAGGAGCCACCAGUUACGGACCGGAAUUUCUUUUCUCGUCGUCGGAAGGCGACAUGCACACAGCUGAAGCUUUCGAGCUGAAGCAUGAGACUGCCUCUGUCUACAGUAUGGACAGUGCGUACCAGAGCCAAAGAGGAUCCGCCAGGCGAGGGGCCGAAGGUUAUUCCCAGGACAACAGGAGCCAUGUGAACAACCAGUUUCUAGGAAGCGAAAUCUUCUCGCCAACGCUGAGCUCCGACACUCUCGGCGCUUUCCACGAGCAACAGCCAGACAUGAGCCAUAUGCAACUUCCAUCCGCGGCCACCGACCUGGAUGCUGGAGACAAUUCAUUCGCUUUUGCUAACUACACCACUGGACAGGACUUUUCUCAAUUCACAGCAACCAGCAUUCCCCGAUUCACCCCGUCCAGUGGCGUUGACAUGUCGUUCCAGUGGGGCAUGACAGAGUCCAACACCUACAGCAAUCCAUUUGCUUUCUCAUACCCGAAAUCCUCCAACAGUCUGGAAACUACGCUGUACUCAAGCCAAGAUCCAUCUGACCUCAUGUUCAAUGUGCCAGCCCCACCACAGCGGCAACUAAACAAGCCCCGGAUUGACACCUCGGUCCGGCCCGCCGCGUUGCGAAACACCUCAUCAUACAACAGCACUCCCGUUUCGCGACGAGCCUCAGCCAAUGAGUCGGGCUUCGGCGCAUAUGUUAUGUCGCCUACUAGCGCGAUUAACAUUUCCAGUGCUGCCGCGCUAGAGUACGAACAGACACCAACUGUUGACACCAGAGCCGACAAGGCAGAGAUUGCAUCCACUAGCUUUUCAGCACAGUCCAUUCCUGAUGAGGAUGAUGAGCUACUCUCGCCGUCUGAUGCCGCCGAGGCACAGAAUAUGGAGGAAGAACAGGGCAAAGUCGCGAGAAGCCACCCUCUGUAUCAAGCUCAGCCAGAUGAGUCGGGCAAAUACCACUGCCCGCAUGAGGGUACAACGACUUGCAACCACAAGCCCACACCUUUGAAGUGCAACUACGACAAGUAUGUGGAUUCCCACUUGAAGCCAUUCCGUUGCAACAAGAAAGUCUGUGUCGGUGUUCAGUUCUCCUCGACUGCCUGUCUCCUACGGCACGAGAGAGAGGCACAUGGCAUGCACGGCCAUGGGUCAAGGCCACAUCUUUGCCACUUCGCCGACUGCGAAAGGUCUGUCAUGGGUAAUGGGUUCCCUCGACGAUACAAUCUCUUUGAUCACAUGAAGCGUGUCCACGAUUACACAGGACCUACCACUGAACCCUCCCCGCCUGUGCAGCCUGCUCCUGGUAACAGGAAAGGCAUGUCGCGCAAACGCAAGUCGACCGCUGAUGAGGGGACCGAGAAGCGUCAGAAGGUGGCCAAGCCCACUCCCCAGCAGCAAGCACAGAUGCGCCGAAGGCAGCUGCAGGACGACUUCUUGAACAAGAAGCAGAACAUCAUUGACAUACUCUCCAACCUCGGAGGACCAAACGACCUCGGUAACGACAUUCAACUCACCAAGGAGGUUGUCGAUCUGCACGAGAUCUCUGCUGAGUACAAGAAGAGUCUCGGCUGA